CUACCUCACUGCGUACCUACCUAGGUAUUACCGUAGUUAUAUACUAGGUACCUAAAUCAAGAUUAAAACAUUCAUCGUUUUUUAUAGAGCCAAAGUGGGGGGGAAGGGUGUCCAGGGUGAACCGUUGGAGUCUCAACAGCUGGACCGGACAAAGACCAUACCCUAGGUAGGUUCCAGGUGUGUGUCACUUCAAGUUCCCGACUACAUGGUGGUAGGUUACGGUAGGCAACUUCGUGUGCGAGGUACUUAGGUACAUGCUGCUCCGGAGCUCUGGAGCUCGUGAGAGACACUUCUAGAGGCAUUUCUAGAGACAUUUCUAGAGGCACUUCUCUACGUUACGUACAUACAUUGCUUACAUUCGUUUGCUCGUCUCAUCUGACAAGGUUCUCUCCCGCCGACAGCCUUCAGCUUCUCUGGUCAACCCCUCUCACCCUCACCCUCACCCUCAUUGCACAGUACAUCCAGCGAGAGGGACCCCUAAGCUUUCCUAUCCCCCGGCCAAACAACAUGGACUUCAACUGGUCUUCCGACUACCCGGAAGGAGUCCUAUCUUUCCUGGACACCGACCUCUACAAGUUGACCAUGCAGAAUGCUGUCUUUCAGCACUACCCUGACGUCCACGUGACCUAUGCUUUCACCAACCGAACCCCCGAGAAGAAGUUCUCGAGAAAGGCCUUCACCUGGUUGUGUGAACAGAUCUACAAGCUUGGCCACAUCUCUUUGAAAGAUGAAGAGUUGCGCUUCCUCAAAUCACAUUGCACAUACCUGACUGACGCCUACCUUGGCUUUCUCAGCGAGUUCCGCCUGUCGCCGCGAGAGCAGCUGAAGCCCAUCUUCAACCCCAUAGGAGACGACACCGGUGCCGACGAUGUGAUCGGAGACAUCCACAUUGAAAUCAGCGGCAAGUGGGUAGACACCAUUCUCUAUGAGAUCCCCCUCUUGGCCUUGACGUCCGAGGCCUAUUUCAAGUUCAUGGAUACCGACUGGACCUACGACGGACAGGAGGAGAAAGCUUUCCAGAAAGGUUUGCGCAUCUUAGAAGCAGGCUGCACACUGUCCGAAUUUGGCACUCGAAGACGUAGGGACUACCACACUCAGGCAUUGGUAUUCCGGGGCUUGGUGAACGCGAGCAAGAAAGCUGCAGAGCAAGGCCUAUCGGGAAAGUUGACGGGUACUAGCAAUGUCCACCUUGCUAUGCGAUUCAACCUGGCACCCAUUGGUACCGUGGCUCAUGAAUGGUUUAUGGGUAUCGCAGCUAUUACGAAUGACUAUGAGAACGCUAAUGAGGAGGCGCUGCGCCGCUGGGUAGCCUGUUUUGGCGAAGGCGUGCUGGGGAUCGCCCUCACAGAUACCUUUGGUACCCCCGCCUUCUUAAAAUCAUUCAGCAAACCCGUGAGACAUCUUCCCGGGACGACAGGUGCGACUACGGACGCCACUAAGCCUCCACGGUCCUAUGCGCAGAUAUUCACCGGUGUCCGUCAAGAUUCAGGGGACCCUGCUGGCUUCGUGAAGUUGAUGCACGAAUUCUACGAUAGCCAAGGCAUCAAGGACAAGAAGACGAUCGUCUUUUCCGACUCCCUCGAUAUCGAGAAGUGCAUCGAGUACAAACGCGUCUCCGAUGAGCAAGGCUUUCAAUCAAGCUUUGGUGUCGGGACUUAUUUAACAAACGACUUUACACAAUUGUCGACAGGCAAGAAGUCCGUGCCACUCAACAUCGUCAUCAAGUUAAAUUCUGCUGUUGGCAACCCUGCCGUCAAGAUUAGCGACAACAUUGGCAAGAAUACAGGCGAUUCGGCCAAAGUAGCCGAGGUGAAGAAGCUCUUGGGCUACGUGGAGAAGGAGUGGGAGGGAGGUGACGAGACGAAGAGAUGGGGCACAGGCGAGAGUGCUACAAACACGUGAGGUGGGUGGCCCUGAUGAUGAUUGAUGCCCCCUGCUGCGACUAUUAGGGCAAUUUGAGGGCAGCGUGGACACUAAUCUACGUCCCGUAAAUGAUAUAUUUGUACAGCUUGGAACAUUACAUUGUGACACCAAAAUCUGUCAACUUGCUGGGCGUGCUGGGCGUGGAAACCUAGAUUUCCUUGCCCUGAGACGGUUAUCGAGUAUUCAUGGAUUCUUAAAAAAAGUCGGAUGUUUAAUCAGCUAGAUAUUAGAAUUGCAGUCUGAAUCGCCUUGUUUCAGGCGACUUGUUUCCCGUGUUUCUUAGAUAAACUGUU